AUGCCCGUCACACUGGAUUACAAUGGGAAGAUCGUGUUCAUAACCGGAGGUGGUCGGGGGAUAGGUCUAGCCAUCACCACCGCAUUUGCAAGGGCCGGAGCAACGAUCAUUAUAACCUAUACCUCUAAAGAUCCACAGGAGGUAGUCAAGAAGUUAACAGAAGAAUACAAAGUCCCUAUUCAUGUCUAUCACUGUCCAGGUGAAGAUGCAACGAGAGUCAACGAGGUUAUAGAUUUGGCUAGUAAGGAAGUGGGAGAAGUAGAUAUCGUUGUACCCAAUGCUGGGGUCAGUCUGUGGAGAGAUUGCGUAGAUAUGAGUGAUUCCGAGCUUGACUGGAUCAUGAAAACCAACCUUUACGCCCCUAUCACCUUGUGCCGUGGAUUCGUUCGACACUGGUUAGGUAUGAGUACCUCCGUGCAAUCUUCCGAGGAUCCCGGUAAACCACCUGCGGGAGAGCGAGUCAAUCUGAACAAAAGAAUAUUAUGCGUAUCUAGUAUAUCGGGUAUAGUCAAUAUGAAUCCUCAGAGGCAAGUCGCAUAUAACGUAUCGAAAGCAGGGUUGACAAUGGCUUGUAAGUCCCUAGCAGGCGAAUGGGCCAAAUACGGUAUAACGAUCAACUCCAUCUCUCCCGGAUACGUAGCAACAGAUAUGAUCAAAGAUCCACCUCCCGGAGAAGGUAGGGAAUGGGCAGAUAAGUGGAGAAAAGAUACACCUGUGGAUAGGUUCGCGGAUGCCAGUGAGAUCGGACAGAUGGUCGUGUUGAUGUGUUCAACCGAGAGUUCAAGCUUUAUGACUGGACAUGAUCUCGUCAUUGAUGGUGGCUUCACGACUUACUAG